AUGGCAGAGACAGAGACAGGCGCGCAAUCGGUCAGCCCAGGGCAUCCGGCGCCAGAGCCUGGGUGGCCGAGCCCAGUGGCCGCCAACGCCGCCGCAGCGGCCGGCGGAGGGCCUGGGCUGACCCUGGGCCAGGCCCUGCUGGCCGGGAGCGAGGGCCAGCAGCAGUACAUCCACACCGUGCUGCAGCACAUCACGACGGCGGCGGCCGAGAAGUACGCCUCGCACCGCAAGCGCAAGCAUCGACGACGAUCGUCCGGUGGCGAUGACAGGAGGAAGAAGGGACAUCGGCACGAGAAGAAGGAGAGGAGAAAGAGGCGGCACGAUGACGAGGAAAAGGAGGGUGGAGGAGGUGAUGACCCGCGAAAGGUGACGACGUCGCCUUCUUCGUCAUCAGCGUCUUCUUCGACGGACGAGGAGGAGGGCGGGAAGGAGUGGAAACGAAGGCGGAGGGAGAGCACGAUGUCGCCCCUGCUCAAGAUGGUCAUGUCGGACCUCUCACGAGGCUUCUUCGAGCUCAAGGCGGCCGGCGUCCACAGGUCAAGGCAAGGCGGACUCCCCCAGGGUCUGGGGCUGGGCGAAGGCCUGAGCCUAGGCGCCACCCGCACUCGAGGCCACUACUUCCACUUCCUCGAAGCAAUAGUCGACCUUCACCUCACGCGGCCACCCCAGCUGCGCCAUCAUCGUCCUCUCUACUCGAACCGCCUCGCUUCCCACUCAUGA